AUGGUGCAACCACGUCCUUUAAUCCUCUUUUUUAACCCUGUUCGCCACGCUCUUGCCGACUAUCAGGCACUGGGAAAGGUAGCGGACACACAGACGGUUACAAGUAAAUCCCGAGAAGAGUUUUUCCAGGACCUUAGUACGAAAUAUCAAAGUGCACAGGUCAUUUAUCGCACAUCGGCUAGUGGAGCAGUCGCUGGCAACUUCGAUAAGGCCUUCAUUGACCGCCUUCCAGACUCUCUUCUAACCAUAUGUCACAAUGGUGCGGGCUAUGAUCAAAUCGACACCGCAGCAUGCAAGGCUCGAGGUAUCACCCUGACCUAUGCACCUGAUCCUGUUACAGAAGCCACUGCAGAUCUCACCAUCUUCCUUCUUUUAGGAGCCCUACGACAGCUAAACCCUGGUUUGCUGAGACUCCGCCAAGGGAAUUUCAAGAAGGACGUCGGUUUCGGUAAUGAUCCAUCAGGAAAGACCUUAGGCAUCUUAGGCAUGGGCAGGAUCGGUAAAGCUGUCGCUCAAAGAGCUAGGGCAUUUGGGAUGAAUAUCAUCUAUUACACUCGCACAAAGCCUACGACGACCGAGGCCGAAGAAGGUACUUAUGUAGGCUUCGAUGAGCUUCUGAGCACGAGCGAUGUCAUCUCAGUACAUGUUCCUCUAUUCGCUGCGACGAAGCACCUGAUUAGCAAGCCCGAGAUCGACAAGAUGAAGAAAGGAAUAGUUAUCGUUAAUACGGCUCGCGGUGCCAUCAUCGACGAAUCUGCCAUGGCGGAUGCGUUAGAGAGCGGCCAUAUCACUAGUGUCGGUUUGGACGUGUAUGAAAAGGAGCCUAUCGUGAAUGAGAAGCUCAUAUCCAACGAACGGGCACUUCUUGUUCCCCAUCUUGGCACGCAUACGACUGAGACGUUAGCGAAGAUGGAACGGAUGGCGAUGGAGAAUGCAAGAAGAGCCAUAAGUGGUGAACAGCUCUUGACACCGGUGCCCGAACACUGCAAUUAGACACA